AUGAUCUCAACCCUCGACCACCAACGUGACUAUGUGUUCACUUCUCCUAGUGUGGAGGAACGCUUACGUCAAGCGGCCGGCCAAUCGUUGGCAACGUGGAUCAUUGGCCAUAGGCCUAAGUCUACCGAGGAGGUGGCGAGCGGCCAGACACUUCGCGAGAGGUACCUGGAGCCUCAACUAACGACCCAAGGUCAAUACAAGGCAAGCCUUGACAUGCAAGCACGUCGUCCACCGAUCCCACCGAUCAAGGGUAUACCCAUUCUCUUGUUUGCAGGCGAUACAAAGAGCGAAGAAGACAAUGGCUUUGACCGCUGGGCGCACCGAAUGCGUCGCCACAGCAGUAUGUCUGCUCUAAGAGCUAGUGUUAUUGUGGCUGAUGUGCGUCUCGAACGCAAACUUCGGUAUGACUUUGCGAAGCUUAAGUCCAGAGGCCAAUUGCGUAAUCCCACGCAAGAUGCUUCGGCUACUACGGUAGCCGCGAGUGUUGGUCAGACGAUGACCACCAGCCCGCCAAUUCAAAACACUAGUGGUUGA